UGUGGACAUAAAAUUGUGGAGAAUAAUUUACAUCUUUUAUAAACAAAAUCGUAACAUGCCUUAAUAUAUCAGAAGUUUAUCAUAUACAUGUUGUUAUUGCAAGAUUGAAAUAUUUCUCAAUAUAAUACAACAAACAUAACCCCAAAAAAAUGUGGAGAAGUUUAUCCAAUUUCAUUUUUCUUAUGUGCUUAACUUUGGUUAAUUGUGAACCAAAAGUGCCAUGUUUCUUCAUAUUUGGAGACUCAUACUCAGAUGCAGGCAGUAACAAUGCGCUAUUUUCACUAGCUAAAGCCAAUUAUCCACCAUAUGGGAUUGAUUUUCCGGGAGGAACUCCCACCGGAAGGUUUACCAAUGGUCUCAAUUGUGUAGAUUAUAUCGCCCAAUUCCUGGGAUUCGGAGGAUUCAUAGAACCAUAUAGAAACAAUACGGGUCAAGAUGCAUUAAAGGGUAUAAACUUCGCAUCAGGUUCUGCUGGAAUUCUCUCACAAACCGCAUAUCAUGUGGGUGAUCGAGUGUGGAUGGAUCGACAAUUAGAAAAUUACAAGACGGUAAUAACAAAGCUUGAACCGAAGGUUAAGGGACCAAUUGGCAAUUACUUAAACAAGUGUUUGUACAGUGUUAAUAUUGGCACCAAUGACUACAUUAAUAACUACUUCUUGCCACUUCUCUAUCCUUUUUCCAAAUUCUAUUCUCCUGAUGAAUAUUCUUCAAUGCUCAUUGCUCGAUAUACAGCACAGUUACAGGCCCUAUAUGAUUUUGGAGCACGAAAGAUAGCAGUUUAUGGUCUGGGCCCAUUAGGUUGUCUUCCAUUUGAAGUCACAAAAAGUUGUGCAACUGAAUGUGUAUUAGAAAAGAACCAAGCUGUACAACUUUUUAAUACCAAGCUUGUAUCACUAGUGGAUCAAUUCAAUACAAAGCUUCCUGGGGCCAAAUUUAUAUUCGUUGAUACCUUUGCCAUCCUAAACUUAACAGCUCUCCCUGGUUUGAUCAUGAAUUCAACUUGUUGCGAAAUAGUAACCAUUAGUAAUCUGUGUAAGUCAUCCACUCCACCAUGCCCAAAUAGGAAGUCAUAUGCAUAUAUGGACGGAAUUCAUCCAACUGAAGUUGUAAAUCAGCAAAUUGCAAUAUCUUCAUACACCUCUCAAGAUCCCUUAUUUGUUCAUCCUAUCAAUAUUAGUCAAUUGAUUACCAGUUAGCACCAAGAUUUAUUGUCAAUUGUUCUUUAUUAGAGAUAAUGUCAAAGUGAUAUAUUGACAUUACUCUUGUGAUAUUCAUUAUUUUGGUAUAUACUGUAUCUUCCUAGUAUAGCUAUAAGAUCAAUCUUGGGUUUCAACCAUCAGGUUAAGCUUUUGAUUGAGUUGGUCGUUUAACAUUCUUAUCUUGUUAUCUCCAAUUUAGCUUGUAUUAUUUGUACUUGUUCAAAGUAUAGUUGAUUAAAUAAUAAAUAGAUUUGUACCUCUCUUUAUGUUCAAAACAAUGUUCUUAUCAAUGGCAAUUGUCAAUUGAUAAUUUU